UGAAUAUAGCCGCGAAGUCGAGGCACGCGCGUGGAUACGUUUUGUGAUUGAAUCAGAAAAAAUCGCUGCCGAUUUAUGAACGUACGAGCGGAAAGUGUCUUCGACAUGCGUACACUUCGAAGUAUACUAAUAGAAUCGGAAAAGGAAAUGAAACAGAAAGGGAGAAAAGGAGAGAGGAGAAGAAAGGAAAGCGAUAACGAAGGCUGACGUCAAUGUUUACCCAUCUUCGAAGUUUAGUUAGCUUGGAGAUUACUUCCAAACUUGAUCUAUGGAUGCAAACCAACAAAGAAAGAAUGCUUAUUUACCGGCAGUGCCAGGGAGAUGGAAUGAUCGUACGUAGUUUGACGUAACGUUCAAACGAAUACAGAUGGCAGAAGCGGACGAGGUUGCGGCGAGCGUCUGACGAAACGAAGCCGCUCUCGGGCUUCCAAUGGAAUAUACGCAUGCGGUGAAAAGUCAGCCAUUACAGCUUCGUUUCCCGGACGCGUCGUUGCACUUGGGCGAUUUUUCAUCGUUUGUCGUCAGUGAAGAAGUCGGAGGGCUUGUCCGAGCUAAUUUAUCGACGAAUUGUAUUAUGGCGAACAUGGAUAUGGAUAGAUCGAGCAACGGCGACUACAAGUAUCAGAGGGAUGACGACGUUGACAUUAAACCUAGAAUAUUGGACAAAGACUCCGACGACAAGGAUCAUCAAAUUGACAAGGCGGGCGAAUACGUGCGAGAGCUUCUCCAGGAGAAAAUUGAUCUGGACAAUCAGAAAUGGCCCAUCGCGAUCCGAUUGAUCGAUCAGGAGAUCCAAAAAACUCAGGCUAUGGGAAAACCAUUAAGAGAUCCAAAAUAUGUGGAUAUUUAUCGCGAAAAACCAGUUCGCAUUUCUGUAAAAGUUUUAGUACCAAUUCGAGAGCAUCCUAAGUUUAAUUUUGUUGGGAAACUGUUGGGCCCAAAAGGUAAUUCUAUGAAACGUCUGCAAGAAGAAACAAUGUGCAAAAUGGCAGUGUUGGGUAAAGGAUCGAUGAAAGAUAGACAAAAAGAAGAAGAAUGUCGUGCUUCUUUAGAUCCGAAAUAUGCGCAUCUUUCUGAUGAUCUGCACGUAGAAAUCACAGCUAUUGCACCACCAGCGGAAGCUUAUGCUCGUAUUGCAUUUGCCUUGGCCGAGGUACGGAAGUAUUUGAUCCCUGAUAAUAAUGAUAAUAUACGUCAAGAGCAAAUGCGCGAAAUGGAAAUGAACAUAUCUAACGAUCCGGUCUCGGACGAUCGAAGACCGUCGAUGAGAGGACCUUCUGGUCCUGGAACUGGUGGUAUAUUAAGACCUGCUGCAAGACCGACAUUACCUAGAACAUCUAGAGCUAUUCUUCCUCCACCACCUGCAAAUCGUGGCCCACUUUCUCGACCCGUACCACCGAAUAAAUCGAAGGUGUUCUCGAUCUUGGAUCGUGCAAGAGCAGCUAUAGAUCAAAAUUUUGGCUACGAAACUCAAACUCCUCCACCAACAAACCGUGCUGGAUCACAUCAUGAUUAUGAUUAUCAUGGAUCAUCAACUAGUAGUGCUCGAUAUGGCGAUCGACAUUAUUCAUCGAAUUCUGGAUAUACAACUUACGAGUAUGAAGAUGAUUCUGCACCGCAUUCUUCACAUGAUUAUUACGAAUCUUCAGAUUAUCCAGAGGAGUCGUCGAGCCGCGCUUGGAAAUCGUACAAGACUUCAACGACAUCAGGCACAGCCUCGCGCUACCGCACCACCCCGUAUACACGACCUUCCAACGUUGUUGCGAAUCCAUUGGCGGGUAAUCUUCCUAAUGCUGCACGGCGGCCUAUGAUGCAGAAACCGCUAAACGAAAGAAAUCGUCCUUAACCGGUCAGAGAGAUGGAGGCUAAGACGAUCUCUCAGUUUUCGCGACCACUGGAUAAACAAGAACAUAUAAAUAGAAACUAAACCAUAAAAAUUAAAAAUUAAGCCAUGGUAAUAUAUAUUAUUAACGCGUUUGACCAUAUGACAUAAAAAUUUAUUCCGUUGACAAUUCCCCUUAAUUAAUAAUUCCUUUUAAUUGAGAAUUCCCUUUAAUUGACAAUUCUCUUUAAAUGACAAUUCACUUUAUACCACACUAUUAAUGCAUACCUGGCAGUUUACAAAACAUUAAUUCCGCUCCUUUAGUCCUUUUUCUAAAAUAUAUUGGACCACAAAGGAAUUUAACUAUUGACAAGGAGUAAAGGACCAAGAGGAUUGAUUGGAUGAAAUAAGUAAAAUGAUUGAACAAGUGCUUAAUAUUGCAUACAAAUGAAAUUAUGAAAUUCAUAUAAUCGUAUAUUCAGUGUUAUAUAAAUUAAGUGUCAAUACCUAAAUAAUCUUAAUGAUUCUAACUAUAUUUUAGAGUCAUCUUCAUUAUUUGUCUUUUGUACUUAAUAUUUUCAAUUUAAAAUUUGAAAUCAAUCUGAAAUCGAUUUGAAAUUUUAAUAUUAAAAACGAACAUACUAAUAUUUAAUAAUCUCCAAUCAAAUAUAUUGACGUAAGUUUGUAUAUUAAGAUUUUUUUUAUCUAAACAAAUUGUAACUUAAAUAUUUUUAUUUGACGAAAUGCUAUAAUAAAAUUGCAUUGUAAAUGGGACAAAUUAAACGAUUGACAUACAAUGCAAACAUACAAUAAAAACUAAAU